GCGGGGCAUGCAGCCGGCUGGGGGCGGGGCUCCGAGCCCGGGGCGCGGCGACAGGCUCCCGGGCAGCGUCCGACAGCUGGACCCGGCCGCGCUCGUGAUGCUGCUCGUGGACGCCGAGCGGCCGGAGCCCGUGCGCAGCGGGGCGCACGAGCUCGCGCUCUUCCUAACCCCCGAGCCCGGGGCCGAGGCGAAGGAGGUGGAGGAGACCAUCGAGGGGGUGCUCCUCAGGCUGGAGGAGUUUUGCAGCCUGACUGACAUGAUCAGAAGCGACACAUCCCAGAUCUUGGAGGAAAACAUCCCAUUCCUUAAGGCCAAAGUGGCGGAAAUGCGUGGCAUCUACGCCAAAGUGGACCAGCUGGAGGCCUUCGUUAGGAUGGUGGGGCGCCACGUCUCCCUCCUGGAAGCCCACGUGUUUCAGGCCGAGCGAGACCACGGGGCCUUCACGCAGACCCUGCGGAGGUGGCUGGGCUCCGCGGGGCUCCCCUCCUUCAGGAACAGGCCGUCUACACCGGCGCCCCCCACGUACGAGCUGCCCGCAUUGUACAGGACCGAGGACUAUUUUCCUGUGGACGCCGGGGAGGCAACGCUCCCCCCCCGCAGCGGCCCUCGGCGGCUGUGA